CACAACCCCCCCUGACCUCUAUGUCCCCCCCCCAGCUGAUGGCACUGGGUGUUGUGCCCAUGUGCUCCUACCAGUCGGAGCGGAUGUUCAACACCACCCGCAUCCCGGGCAAGGAGACGGACACGCUGCUGCACCUGGCGGACAGCAAACACCUGGCCGUGUACCACAAGGGCCGCUACUACAAGGUGUGGCUUUACUACGGGGGCACGAUCCUGCCCCCCGCCGACCUGGAGCUGCAGUUCCAGCGCAUCCUGGACGACCCCUCGCCCCCCCAGCCCGGGGAGGAGCGGCUGGCAGCGCUCACCGCCGGGGAGAG